AGCAACUCGGGAACACACGAGAAUUAGCGGAGGAGAAAGGGGACGUGCCGUGCAAACCCUCAGUUCUAUCACCACUUCAGCUGCGAAUUUUGGCUGCACUGUGUCGAUAGGUGGUCAGACAUCAGCGGUGGAGUUGACACAAGUGGUCAAUCACAGACGAUUAGCACCAUGGCGGAUAAUGAAGCAUUGUUGGCACAAUUUAUGGCCAUAACUGGUGUUGAUACGGAGCGAGCAACUUUCUUUUUGGAAGCGGCUGGCUGGAACCUCGACGUGGCCAUGGGCAACUUCUAUGACAAUGAUGGAGAUGAAGCACAAGACCAGGAAGCAGGUGAGGUGGUUGGAGCUGCAGCAGGAGCAGAACCAGCAGUUGAAGAGGUUCAGUCUGGCCCAGCUCAGAACAGAGCUCAGAGACAGUCUGGGAUUCGGACGAUCCAGGGUCUGAUGGACGCGCACUCGGACGAGUCGGACGAGGACGGCCAGGCGUUCUUCGCAGGCGGCUCGGAGACGAGCGGCCAGCAGAUCCUCGGGCCGCGCAGAGGCAAGAGGGGCGAGGACAUCGUCAAGGAAAUGUUCAGGGCCGCCAAAGGCCAGGGCGCCGAGGAGGUGGAGCCGACCAGCGAGCCGGGCCGGCCGCAGCCGUCCACGUUCGGCGGCUCCGGGUACCGGUUGGGCCAGACCGGCAGCGACUCGGAGAAGGUGCCGGCGGCGCCCGAUCGGCGGCCGCCGCAGCCGCGCACCGUUAAACUGCGGCUCUGGAAGGCCGGCUUCAGCGUCGACGACGGAGAGCUGCGCGAGUACUCGGAUCCGGAUAACCAGGAGUUCCUGAACUCUGUCCGCGGCGGUCAGGUGCCGCUGGAACUGAUCCGGGAGGCGCAGGGUGGCGAGGUGCACCUGGACAUGGAGGACCACCGGCACGAGGACUACGAGAAGCCCAAGGCCAAGCCUAAGCCGUUCUCCGGCCGCGGUCACGUCCUGGGCAGCCCGGGAGAGCCCGCGGCCGCGGCCGCCGCCGCCGAAGGCUGGUCACUCUCCGCCAUACUGUGGCGCCUGCUCGGCCUGAUGGGUUUCCUGUGGCGCUUCUUCAGCCCGGCGCCGGCGGUGGCGGCGGCGCGCGCCGCGCUCGGCCUGGACGAGGCCCAGCCGACCACCAGCGUGCAGGUGCGACUGGCCGACGGCUCCCGGCUCAUCAUCAAGCUCAACCUGUCGCACACCAUCGGCGACCUGCGGCGCUACAUCGUCACAGCCCGGCCGCAGUACGGAGGCACGCCCUUCAGCCUGCUGACCACCUUCCCGAGCAAGGAGCUGACCGACGACAGCCUCAGCGUCCAGGACGGCCAGCUGCAGAACGCCGCCAUCCUGCAGCGCGCGCUGUGAUCAACCCCAUCCCCACCAAACACCGGUCUCUGUCAAAUCCCCCGUGUUCCGUCUACAGGUCGCGUUCAAUAAAGCACCAUGCGUAUUCGA